GCAUCAGCUGUUGUGUUUCUCUCGGUCUCACAUGUGCGCGGAAACCGAACAGAUGAGUGGAAGACGAGCCGGAAUCGCUGGUGUAUCGGAGAGACUUGAGAUUCAACCAUCCUAGUCGGUGGAAUUCUUCCACAGAGUCUCCGCUCGGCUUCGAGGACGACAUGCGCGAAAGAAUCAUCACUAAGGCUCACGAAGCUUAUAAAUUACUGCGGGGCGUCGUUUGCGUGCACAAGGAAGCCUUUCGGGGUGGCACAAGGGUGACACAUGAGCUGAAAGCGGCUCUCGCUUCUGAAUUGAAUGGCAUGAUCCCGAGACCACAGGAGCAGAGGAUAGAGAUAAGCGGUAGCUUUGAGGAGGAGAAAUUCCAAGUUGUUCAACGAUCGUCCCUCGCCGACCAUGUCCUCGUUGCGGGUCCCUUGUAUGACAAAUCGGACAUCAGUAUUGUGCCGCUGUCCUUGCCUCUGUAUAUGUCUAGCGGGCUCUGCCUCCUCGGUCUCGCUCCCAAGAGAGAUAUGUUCAAGCUGAAGACGACUCCCUUGGUGAGCACAUACGAAAUGAAAUGUGUUCUCGGAAUUAUGACGGAUGAUGGGACGACGAACGGGAGGAUUCGCGAGCGGAGUCGGUAUCAUCACGUACAUCAGGCCAUAAUUGAACGAUAUCUCAGCUCGGUGCAAGCUGGCUUCCAGCGGCAGGGCUUCGAGUACGCCGGCGUUGACAUGGACUCUCAGGAAGCUUAUGAACUAGCGAGCAAGGGCCUGUUACGACCGCAGCAGCCAACGAUGCCGCUAAUUUAUGCUUUGCGGUGUACAGAAUUCGACGCGCCGUCUUUUACGUUAGAGGUGCAAGUGAUCAACGGUGACGACGUUUACUUGAGGACUCUCGUCUGCGAUCUGGCCUUGAAACUGAAGACCACAGCCGCCUUGGAUAAAAUGCGAAGAACAAGGUACGGCCCGUUCACCCUCGACAUGGCGUUGAUAAAACACCUUUACUCCGUGGAGAAUGUGUUGGACAAUAUCGAGGAAAUCAGACCGACCGUUGAUAAGCUGCUCUACCCGAACAUAUUCAAAGUCGCGGACUCGACCGAGGAGACCUUGACCGUCGUUCCAGAAUUGAGGGUGGCGAAAUGCCGCGGCGUUCAUCGACCUUGGACAGUUCUCGUGAUAUCGACUCUGAUUUCGGCGUCAUUCGUGUUCCGUGCGACGACAGCACAGCAAUGCGCGGAAAGCAAUCGAGUAAAUUUCCCUGGAUUCGCUUGCUGCAACGACACAUUAGAUUCGGACAGUGGUUGGAAACUGUUGUGCUCAACGGACGGUGAAAUUCCGACGGAGCCUCCAGAAGCUGAAGCUGCAACAGAGCCGACGGAGAUCGAUGCGACGGAUCCCAACCGAUUGAGCAAAGCCGUCAGAGUCGCGAACGGAACCACGGCCCAGCAGCAGGAAACGGUUCCUACGACCGAAGCGACUCGGAGAGACUUCGCCGCGGGCGAUCCCUUGAGCGAAUCGAACAGCCUCCAGCCCUCUGGCAGACCCGCCCCCGCUGCCUCCACCGAGACCGUUGAAGUCGGUGGGGAUACCGAAUUUCCGGAACGGAAUGCGACCACAGAACCCUCUACGGCACCCAAAGAUCCCAACGCACUCCUCUUUCCCCUGGAAUAUCCGUCCGCAAACUCGAUCGAAAUGCCGCCUGCAUUCGUUACGGAAGCACCUGCACCUUCCGUGCCGAGUCAAGCUUCGACCACGAGCCUUCCCAAAACUCGGUCACGGAGAUCUGCUGUCGGAAUCGAUGAUUUCAUCCUGAGCUCGGAAUAUGAAGCCGUAGAUCCGGCUGUCGAGAUCGAGUACCACAAGAAACCAUUCGGUUCAAGCCUCAAGGUGGGUGGUCGAGACGAACGACUAGUUUGCCUCCGCGGGAAAUUCGGGGAGUCACAUCUGGACAUCUAG